AUGCCCAAAAAAGUAAUUACUCGUCGUCAGCGCAAGGCUGCCGAGGCAAAGCGCCAAUCAGAAUCGAAUGCACGUGCUACUGCGGCAAGUGAGGCCCAGAACGGCACUGCAGCGGCAACUACCCCGAGUACGUCGGAUGCUGUGAAGCCGGGCGGCAGCAAUGGAGCUAAACAGGACCCCAAGUGUGGCAACAAAAAUGCAUCUCUAAAGACAACCAAUACCAAGACAGCCGUACCGCAACAGGGGCAAGAAGCGGAGAAUAUGCCAGAACAAUCUGCGGAAAAGGCAACUGGAACAGUUGUCGUUAAGGACAAGACCACCCAGUCGGAUAACAAUGUGUUCGACCUGCUUGCCGACGAGAACUUACAGAAGCAGGUCGGACAUUCGGCAGAGUGUCAAGCUCAGCUACCAGCACCGCCGGCCAAUGAACAGGCCGGAUCGUUUAGCAAGACCCUAACACGACGUGCUGUGGCAACAUUCAGCAAAAUCCAGAAGCUCUCGAAGGUGUUCAACAAGAAGAUGAACUACAAGACCCCGCCGGUCAAGGGGACCGAGCCAAUGAAUUUGGCCAACGUUGAGUUGGAUGAGACUGUGAAGACUGCGCUGAAUGGGCCACCGGGCAGCGAUAACCAAGCCAAUAAGACCUGCAGCUGCGAAUUCUGCAAGGUGGUAUUGAAUCAGCUCUUGGCUGGCAAGAAGCGCACAAACGAUAAGAAACUGUGCAAGAAUGCUAACAGGCGUCCGCCAGCCAAUGCUGCGCGUGCCACAUCGCCAGGUCAAAGCAAUGGAAAUGAGUCUGUAGGAACUACUCUGCCAGCAGAGGCGAAGGUCGAAGAUGAGAGCAAGACCCCACAGACACCGUCGAUAGCAUCCAGACGCCGCAUUAUCCAAAUGCUCGAGAAGAAGGAGAAACUGCUGGAGAAGGAUGUGAUGAAGAAAAUCAAGCAGCUCAACAAGCAGAAUAAAAUAUUGGCAACUGAGCAGCAAACUAAGAAACCGGAUGCUAAGCAAGUCGACCAAAAGGAAAGCAAGCCAAUUGUGGCCAAGACACAACCGACACCAGUGGAUGCCAAAAAGAAGACUAUGCCAAGAGUUGCAGUUGCCAAAGCUUCGUCAACUGUCAAGCAGAAAGCAACUGAGCCGGCCAAAAUUCCAAAAACUGUGGUCAAGUCCAAGCAGCCAGCCAAAGCUGACGUAUCGAGUGCUCUAAAGCAGCUCGCUGCUGCUCCAGCAGAUGCCCCUCCGCCUAAAGUUAUAGGCAACACGGAGUAUUUUAUUCUAACGGGCACCGAUGCACAGUUGUCAGCUCAGCUCAGUAGUUUGGCAGCUAACAACGUGCGCAUUGAAAACUGUCUGGAGCUCGAUCCAAGUGUUGCUGAUAAAAUUGAGCAACAACUGGAGCAGUUAAGCCAAAAUCGUGAACAAAUACUGCAGCGCAUGCGUGAAAAACAGAACAUGUUAGCCAAGCGCAGAACAAAGCGCUCAAAGGAACCCAGCAAAUAUACAUAA